ACAGCUUCUGAUAAAAACAAAUAUUAAAAUGAAGAAAAAUAAAAGAACGCAAUAAACUGAAGAUAACCGCUACAACAAUCAAAUUCUGCGGCUGCUUCUGGGAGAAGAGGUUAUGAAGCAGAGUUUAGCAGAAGAGUGUUGAGCAACAAAAGAACACUCGAAGCACUUCUUCAACGAAGCAAAAGCAGCGUUUGAACUCGAAUCUCGGUUUGUGGUUGGUUUGCUCUGCUUCCAUGGCUUCCAUUUCCGAAUCUCGAUCCGGCGGCAAAAUGGUUCGAACCCGCCGAACAUCCAGGACCCGCACUCCCUACGACCGACCCGCUCCAACUCAACCUCAAAGCCCUAAUUGGCUCUCGCGUUUCGUUGUCUCUCCCACGCUUUUCAUCGCUUCCGGUGCCGGAAAACUAUUCUCCUCUGUUCUGGAUCUCGAUUCUGCUCCAACUUCAUCCUCCUCCGCUUCUUCUUCUUCUUCUGAUGAUGAUGAUUCUGCUCCUGAGGUUGGCACUUUUGAUGAUGCAAAUGAUAGCCCUGUUGAAGGUGAUGUUGCGUUGAACAAGGGGCUCCAGCCAUCUGUUGGGAAGAGCAAAAACAAGCAAAUAAUUGAGCAGCUACUUAUGGAGGAGUCAUUCUCAAGGGAAGAAUGUGAUAAGUUGAUAAAAAUAAUAAGAUCAAGAGUUGUAGAUCCUGCAAAUGAUGGUGAUGGGUUUAAGAGGCCAAUGGAUAUACCAAACAGGACUCUUGGAAGUGAGACAGAUUCACCUGAGCUCUGUAGUGCUGCUGUUAUGGAGGCAAAGAAAUGGCUGCAGGAAAAGAAGUCAGGAUUAGAUUCAAUUUCAGAUAUAGGUUAUGGAAGUCCUAGUUUGAAUUUGAUUACAUUACCACAAACUCCCAAAGAUGAGGGAUCACCAGUGGAUGUGGCUAAGUCAUAUAUGCGCUCACGCCCUCCAUGGGCAUCACCCUCCAUAGACCAUACUAAACCUCCAACACCGCCAGGAAUUCAGCUUUUUAAAGAAGAAACACCGCAUCUAUUUGGUGACAAUUCUCUAUCAUCCUCCAAGUUGAAAAGGGAUUCUCCUGCUACUGGGUCAUGGAGUAUUCAAGACGAAAUACGAAGAGUAAGAUACAGGGCAACAGAGGAGAUGCUUAGUUCUCUUCCCUCCUCAAAAAUUGAUUGGUCUGCAUUUACUGUGGAGCAUAAAAAUAAUGUAAACUCUUCAGCUAUUGAAAAUAUUGGAGCUAGUUGGGUAGAUAGAGUGCAUAACUCUACAGAUUUAGUAGAUGCAUCGGCAAACUUGUCCAAAGGAUUAGGUUCUCAGGCCUCUCCAGAAAGUAAACAGGACGAUGGUUUCCAACCUGAAGCUAUGCUGUCUGAUUCAGCUAAUAUUAAUUUGGAACAGAAUCAGGGUUCUGUUGCUGUUCAGCAAACCACAGGUACACAAGAUGACAACAGAGAAAUAACUACUUCAGGACUAAGAGAUGGGUCCUCUGAUGAUCUGCACAGGGAUGGUGAUCUGGUUAAAGUCAAUGGCAUCAAUGACACAAAUGGGUCUGAUCAUCAGCUAGACUCAGUUGAAGAAAGUAGAGAAGCUUUGAAUUCUAGAUUACAAGAUGGUAACCACUUAGUAGACAAAGAGAAGGUUGGAACAGAAGAUACAGUGGCAAAUGGGUUCCCUUCUUCAGGGCCCAGUUUCUAUGCAGGGCAGGUUAUCGAACAGAACACAAAAACAUUGGAGAAGGAACCCAAUGCAAUUGAUUCAAGUCAGGAGAGGACAGCUCAGGGUGUGAUUGGGCAAGAGACUUGUAAGCUGUUGUCUGAAUCAAUGGAUGUGCCUGAUGUGAUUGUGGAGGACUCAGUUGGUUUCAAAGAUGACGGUGCUGCCUCUGGGUCGCAGAACAGUUCUAGCGUACAGUAUGAAGCUCAACAGAAUAGUUCUCAGCCUGGUCCAGAAUCAGGCUUGAUAACCACACCAACUAGCAUUGCUAAGCAAAAGGGAAAAAGAAUUACCAGAUACAACAGAAGGGGCAGGAGCAAGGGUGUCAAAUGAUGCUCGUUGUAUUUUGUAUGUUAAAUUGUAAGUUACUAUGUUAGCUUAGAAAGUAGGUAUUCUGCAGGCCAUUUGUUGUGAGAUUAAUAAAUAUUCACGGAUGAGUCUACGCCAACUUAGUAUUUUUCUUUCAUCUGCUUUUUUUUUUUUUUUUCUUUGGUGAUUAUGUUCACGAAAAUCAGGCUCAGGAAUUUGAAUGUAUUUGCUGUAGAAAUGAUUAAAUUAGCGACAUGAUAGAUUGAUAGUUGUGCGUGCGGGCGUGUUUUCUGGUUAACUAGCUUACAGCCUGAAUGGGAGCAGCGGCUAUUGACAAUCUGCUCCUCCUCCUUCCCAACAAGCCAACAGAGGUGUAGGGAAUCAUAAUGUUUUGUAAUGUAACAUUACUCGAAUAAUAAGUUUGGGUUUGAUUGAUUAAUGAAAGGCUUUUGUAC